AUGGCUCCCAUCCGCGUCAACCGUGUCGAACACCGCGAACGAGAAAGGCCAGUCGCCGCAGACGCUUCAAAAUCAAAAGCAGUCACCACCGACCCCUCGAAUAUAUCUACCUCUGGAGCGGCAUCAGGAGACGCUUCAUCAACAGCAACAACGAAAGAACGCACAGCUUCCCCAGAACUUGUCCGCAGUAAAGCCCCCCGGGCAAAGGAAGUCCAAGUCGUCCGCAGCGAGAGAAAAUGGAAAGGCGCCUGGGAAGACAGCUCCGACGACGACAUGGCCAUAAAGCCCGAACCUGCAGACGAGGAUCCAUCUUUCAUUGCAGCACUACCACCUGCCUCAGACACACCCGCAAUCAAGGAAUCCGCAUCUCCCGAAUCGCGUCGCAAAUCUAAAGGAAAAGCCGUAGCAAGAAAACACACCCUACCCACCGAAGCACCAGCUCUUCAAACCGUAGAAGAAAGACGGGAAUGGGAGCGUCACCACCUGGAUCUCGAAAUCCUGCGUCAAGAACUUGGAGAAAUCACUCUACCUUCUGCUUCUGCCUCGGCUCCAGCAACUCAAACAGACGCAGAAGGCGAUGUGAAGAUGGGAGAAAGCGCCACAGCAACAGAAGAGCAAGAUUUGCAAGAAGGAGAAGACGCGACUAGUUCUCUGCCUACCUCAACAGCAAAUGGUGCAAACCCACCGCCAGACCGCCGCACCGAUCGCGUCUACCUCUUCCAAUUCCCGCCCAUUCUUCCUUCUCUGGCGCCUCAGACUGUAAAACCGGAACCUCAAUCGCCCACUCUGUCGAAAAAGAUUCCCGCGGCAACAUCCUCAUCCUCCGCUAUCGACAUCGAUGCCACACCCACUUCAACAACCACCCCCAAAGCCGCAGCAGCACCCGCAAUCCCAGAAUCAGCAGGACAAAUGCACUCACCCUUCCCCUCUGGCCUAGUCGGAAAACUGCGCGUUCACGCCAGUGGCAGAACAACAUUGGAUUGGGGAGGCACAUCACUGCAGGUCGGCAUGGGCACAGACGUGCAGUUCCUGCAAGACGCAGUGGUUGCAAAGUUCAACGACAAGUCCGACGUGCAGGGUGCCAAAGGCAAGGAAGAGGAACAAGACGAAGGUGCCUACGGUGGUGAGGUCAUGGGCUUGGGUCAGGUCAGGGGCAAAUUCGUCGUUACGCCGGAUUGGGAGGAGAUU